AUGGACGCGCCCGGCCCGCCUCCCACACCUUCAGCGGGCGACGCGAGCGACUCUCCCCCACCGCUCGCCGACAUCGCCUCGCUGAAAGCUGAGCAACGCGUGUCGUUCUACGUACAGGCAGUGGACGAAAUGGUCGAUGCGGUGCUGGAGAACGAGUCAUUCCUCUUCUCGGAAGACGAGGUUGCGGCGUUGAGGCGGUUCAGGGAGAUGCAAUGUGCGUCGCACCAAUCGCGGUACCUCUUCUCCCGCUUGCUUCUCCGCAAAUCCGUCUGGAUCCGCCAUUCCUCCCUCCUCAACUCGGCUUCCUACACGAACGACAUCUCCGACCUUCCCGCCGCGUGUGCGGAGCUGUGCCAAACUGUCGCAGGCCCGUCGCCGAACUCGAAGGAGGAAGAAUCGAAGCCGGUCCUUGGGGUCGCGAAGGAAGAGGUCGAGGUGAAGAAGGAGGAGAACGGCGUGAUUGACUUGACGCUGUCAGACACGGACGACGAGAAGCCAACCGCGCCUUUUGCGCCUUCGCCUACGCCGACUCGCUCGGCCAAAGCGAAGGGCAAGGGUAAAGCCGUCAUCACGCCUGCACCGACCGUCCUGCCCCGCACCCUCGUCCCGCCUGACUCGCCAGACGACCUGCCCGACCUCUCGCACUUUGCUCUCGACGUUGCCGCCUUGACAGACGAGAAGCCUGAGACUAUCUUGGGUUUGCUCAGCAUGGAAGAGCUCGUAGGCCUCGGGAAGAAGAUGAAGGUCUCCGUCAAGGGUGGUGCGACACCGCCUCAGCCGCCUUCACCCUCUAGUCCGACAGGCAGUUCGUCGAUGGAACGCAAGGCGUCGCUUGGCUCGCUCGGUGUCGGCUACGACAGCAAGGGCAACAAGCUGACACAGUCGAGCGUCGUCGCCAGGCAUGCACUCAAGAUCAUCGGCCCGGUCAUCCGCCUUUCUCCAACAUUCUUGCUCCUCUUCUCCCGCCUCUCCCUCGUCUACCAUCGCACCUCCUACCUUGCGUCCAACAACCCGUACCGAGCGUCACCUCUCACCGCCUCUCUCCUCGCACGCUUCGGCAAACGCCACUACCCUUCUUACACCGUCUCCCGCUCGUUCGCCCUCUUCCCCUCUCGACACGUCCUGCGCGAAUUCGAAGCCGCGAUCGAGAUCGAGCGCGAGCUCGAGGAGUGUCUGGAAGGCGUUUGGGGUCCUGGCGUGCCGAAGCGAUCGGAGAAGGAGACGUCGGAAGAGAGGCUGGACCGGUACAGACGAGGUGUGGCAGUGUGGGAAUCGAUCGAGGCGGAGUGGCGGAGGUUGUGCGAGGAGGCUGAGUGCGAGAUGAAGAGCGAGGAGGACGAUGAGGAGAAGAGGAGGUUGUACUACAGGAGGAGGUUCCACCCCGGCUGGCCGCUGAGCAGGGCGGCGUACAAGGCUGCCGCAUGCUACGCGAAGCUGACCUCUUUCCGCCGCGGUAAGCGCGGUGACUGGUACGACCGCCUAGCCCUCGUGCUCAUGAAUCAUCCGCUUGGCGCUGAGAAGGCCUUGUCGAGCUCGAGCGAGGUGAAGGAGGAGUUGAAGGGCAAGAAGAAGGAACGGAAGGAGAAGUUUGUGCGCGAGCGGAAGGAGGAGGCGAUGAAGGUGUGCGAGGCGGGGCUCGAGGACCCGUACACGCAUCUCAUCUACAAGUCCUCCCUCCAACGCCGCAUUAGUCGCAUCGAGUCAGCGCUUGCCGUGCCGCCAGAAGACCGCCGCACCUUUCCCGUCCUUCUCGCCAAGUCAGCUCAGCGACUCAUGCAGGGCGAGCGGAUUGACACGCCUACGAUCGGGAAGAAGAGCAUCUGGCAACGCAGUGACGGCGAGGAAUGCAGUGUCGAGGAGUUGUGCCUGGAGCACUUUCACUCCGAGAAUGGCGUCUUGACCAUGAUCUUCGCCCUCACCUUCUGGGACAUCCUCUUCGCGACUGUCGACGGAGUCUUCGAGACGCCCUUCCAGACCGCACCGCUCGAUCUCGCGACCGACGCUUUUGCCAUCGUCCGCCGUCCCGCCAUCACCGACCGCCUCGCCUCAAUCGCUGCCGGGCAAGCUGUCAAGCUGCUCAGCGAGACGGACGACCGCGAGAGACCGCUAGCGACGUUCGCAGUCGGCACAAACUGGGACAAGUACUCGAAGGAGGACCUGGUCGAGAUCAUCGAGUGCAUCGGUGGACCGGCUCUCGCUGCUAUUCUGACCGUCUUCGUUGAAGAGUACGGCCACCGAACGGGCGGUAUUCCCGACCUCUGGUUCGUCUCGCCCUCCUCGCUCUGGCAACUCCUCUGGAACCCGUCAAAAUCUCAAGCGCUCUUCGCCGAGAUCAAAGGUCCAGGCGACCAGCUCUCCGAGACGCAGAAAGUCUGGAUCGACGUCCUCCUCGGUGCAGGCGUCGGGGUCGAGGUGGUUCGAGUCGUCGAGAGUAAGGACAUGAAGGAGGAGAGUGCGGAGGAUGGUAGUGAGGAUGAGGAGGAUGGAGACGAGCAGGAGAGCCAGAAGCUGAAGCGGAAGAAGGGGAAGAAGAGGAGGAGUAGCGAGUCGGACGGUAACGGAAGAGCGAGGAGCAGGAGUAAGAGCGCGGCGAAGGGAGGCAGGGCGAAGAGGGCGAAGAAGGAGGAGACGGCCGAGGCGGAGGAUGUCAUGGUUCUUGACGACACUGACGACUAG